AAACGACGCACAUUUGGGCGGAGAUGUAGGGAAGCCGCAUAUUCUUCGCCCUCGACUUAACCGCGAAGACGACGAUGUUUUCGUCUUCCUACGCAGCGUGAGCGUGUGCCUGAACUCUCGGAUUUGCAGAGAUGAGCAAGAAAAAUCUGGCGAUUCUGAUGCGCGCGAGGAUGAGACCGAAUGAUCCGACCAAGCUUUCUCUCUCUCAGAUACCUAACGAGAUGCCAUCUAACCCUCAUGGGGAUCAAUCCGGAGAAUACAUCGUGCAAAAUCCUGUUGGUGGAAACAGAGAUCUUGGUGCUUUUAGUAACACGACAAGGGGAUUCGAUUUGGUUCGUGAUACGAUGCAUUCAGCUAUCGCGAUGAGUAAAACCGAAGUGUUAGACACUAUACUUGAUGAUUUUCAAGAGGGUUACUUCAGCCUUUCGCAUGAAGAUCGAAAGAAAUUACUGCUUGUUUUGGCCAAAGAAUAUGACGUAAAUCGGCUGCAAGUUCAAGAACUGAUCAAACAAUAUCUAGGACUUGAACUUCCUGGCAGCAAUGUAGCAGAAUUGCAUGUUUCCAAAAGGGAGAGUUUGUUUUCUGCUUUCUAUCGCAUUGAGCGGAAUUUAAGACAUGCUCUUCAACCAACAUAUGAAGUUCUCUUCGAGAGGUUGAAUACACACCCCGGAGGGUUGAGAUUCUUGUCCAUCCUUCGAGCAGAUAUUCUAUCAACACUCGCAGAAGAAAACACAUCAUCUUUGCGAGCAUUAGAUUCCUAUCUCAAAGAGAGGCUCACUAUGUGGCUUAGUCCUGCCACUUUAGAGCUUCAUCAACUCACAUGGAAUGAUCCUGCUUCAUUGCUGGAGAAAAUUGUGGCAUACGAGGCUGUGCAUCCGAUUAGUAACCUGUUAGAUCUUAAAAGAAGAUUGGGAGUAGGUCGCCGGUGCUUUGGAUAUCUUCAUCCUUCCAUUCCCGGUGAACCGCUUAUUUUCAUUGAAGUUGCUCUCAUGGAAACAACAGCUCAGACAAUUCAGGAAGUUUUGUGGGACAAUCCUCCCAUACCAGAAAACGAAGCAACAUGUGCGUUGUUUUAUUCCAUAUCUUCAACUCAGCCUGGCCUGGCCGGGAUAAACCUCGGGAAGUUUCUCAUCAAACGAGUGAUCACGUUGGUCAAAAGAGACAUGCCCCAUAUUUCCACAUUUGCAACACUGAGUCCCAUCCCCGGCUUCAUGCAAUGGCUUUUGUCAAAGUUGACAUCUCAGUCAAGACUUGCGGAAUCGGAGGAUGGAUCAUGUACCUUAACCGAUACAUCUUUGUCCACUUUUAGCGAGAAAAUAUUGCUGCCAGAAGAAGAACGAGCCCUCAUGAGUAUAUCGGAAGAUCCUUCAUCCGAUAACAAUGGCAUGGAAAUUUUACGGAAUUUGCUGUCACUGAAGAACUGCGAUUGGGCCACAUCGCCUCGUAUACUGCCAGUGUUGAAACCUAUUCUAACACGUUUAUGUGCUAGGUAUCUCCUGCAAGAGAAAAAGCGAGGAAAAGCUCUGGAUUCCGUUGCAAACUUCCACCUGCAGAAUGGAGCGAUGGUUGAGAGAAUAAAUUGGAUGGCGGACCGUUCAGAGAAGGGCCUUCGCCAAAGCGGAGGCAUCAUGGUGAACUACGUCUAUAGGUUAGAGAAUAUCGAAGAACAUGCACAUUCAUAUCUCAGCUCGGGCGAAAUCCGCUCUUCACCAAACGUUCAAUCCUAUCUCGAGGAGCCCAAAUCACAAGAAUGAUCGCUUUUUGACUGGUAAUGUCUACGAUGUUAUUGUUGAGGAAAAUGGUUGGAUUAAAAGGGUACAUAUGUAUAUGUUUUAUGUACAACGCAUGUAUAUGUAUACGUAUACAACGGCCGGCGUAUAUAACAAAACGUUUAUGUGAAUAUGAGAGAAAGAGACAGGGAAAAACGAGUUCACUUCU